UCAGCCCGGUCCCGAACAACCCGAAUAAUCAACGUUCUACUAUAUGAGCUAUCACUUCGAACAGUCCAUUAUUUUUUAUUUGGGCUAAAAAGGUAUGAAAAUGGCCCAUUGUGUGCCGAUCACCAACCUACACCAACACCAAAGCAAAUCUACCUGUGCCAUGCUUUCAUGCGUAAGCAGUAUCUGAAGCUUUCCGAGGCUCUUUCACUGUACAACACAGCCCACCUGGUUGUUUCGAUGGAACACUGGUGGAUGGAAAAAGAAGCCCAUUUUGUUCGCACAUUUACGCGAGCGUAGGUGUCCGUAGGCUUGUGGCCGCGCGUACGUUCGUUUCUAGUUACUUAUAUUUUACUAUUAAAUUAUCUCAGGAAGUGAAAGUUCUUCAAACAACUCUACCAAUUACCAAUGGUUUUACCGUGAUGCAGAGAUGUGCUUGAAGUUGAUAAAUGUUUCAACUAAGUGUAAUUUACAUUACCCUAUCGAAAACAGAAAUCAUCGUAACUGGCGCGACCCAUAUUACCAAGUGAAAACAAAAAACCUCAACAAUUUCCCUACGGAAUUGCUCGUUGUGGUUUGCGGAUGUGGUUGCAGCAGUGAAAAGUGUAGAAAAGUGAAUUAAAAAAAAAGAAAGGGAAAUUGCUUCUUUGGAUCGUGUGAGAAGAAGUCAACUACCCCCAACGCCGAACCGAUCGUGGUGUAGAUGUGUUUCGCUACAAUCAACGUACUGAUCAUCGUCUUCCCAGCUUCAAUGUGAGCGGAAAAAAGAGACGCCAUAGGGGAAAACGAACAAAAAACACACAGUACAAUGUCGUCAGAUAGGAUACACCGCGCCGCCAAAGAUGGGCUGGUGGAUGUGUUACGUGAAGCGACCCGUUCGGAAGCGAACGCCAAGGAUAUAGAUGGCAUGACCCCGGUGCUAUGGGCCGCCUUCGAGGGCCAUUUCGAUGCACUAAAGCUGCUGGUUGCCCGAGGUGGAAAUCCGGACAAAUCCGAUCAGUUUGGAAAUACGGCGCUACAUCUCGCCUCGGCAAAAGGACACAUGCAGUGUGUAGACUUUUUGGUACAGUUCGGCGUAAACAUUUAUGCACUCGAUAUCGAUCACCACAGUGCGCAGGAUCUGGCAGCAAUUAAUAAUCGUGAUAAAAUUUUGCGCUACCUCGAUGCUGCUGCAGCAACGCUAGAAGCAACCGAUAGAAAAAAGGCGCACGAAUAUCGGGAACAGGCAAAGAGGAAGAGUGAAAAGCGAGCACGCGAGUUCGCGACCCGUCAGCAAAAGCUCGAACGUGACCAGGACACAAGCUUACGGAUCCGACCACACAGGCCAUCGAAUAUGCUGCAGGCGCUCAAGCACAAACUGUGGUCGGGAAGUCAAGGCAAUUUAGCGCAGGGACAGACACGGCUAAUUAACGAAACAUCGCAAGCAGCAGCAGCAGCAGCAGCAGCACCGGCAACGACCAAGUUCAGUGCCCUGGUUGGUGGGACGGUACAGCGUGGUGGUGGAGCCGUGAAAAAGCGUGCCGAUGCGAUGAAAGUACGCCAGCAGAUGGAAAAUGGAGGUGAUUUCAAAAUUGGCGAAAUGGAAUCGAACGGCAAACGGAGCGUACGCUCGAUACAGGGAUUAAGGCGCGAUUCCGAAAUUCUCUACGUCGGUACGUACAGCUCCAACGAUGAUUCGAACGCGUCCGAACGGCGUGGAAAGCUGCAGGAUGUGUUCGACGUGGACCCGGCGAAUGGACGGGAAACUGAUGCUGACGCCGACGAGGACAAUAAUAGUGGUGCGAGUGUAAAGUUCGGUACCAUGUCACGUUCCCUUAGUCAACCUAACUUCCUUGCCACUGCGGUCAGUACCGACGAGAUUACGGAGGAUGUACUCCUGCAACGACCAUCCGGGCUGUUUAAUCGUCCAUCCUUUGGCAAUCUGGCAUUUCCUCGAUCGGUUUCCAACGUGCUUGCACAGCUUGGCAACGAACAGUCCUCGACGAGUGUUUCCUCCGAUGGGUCGAACAAGGCAAAACCAACCACUGCAAAGGGUGCGACCUUCAAACCAAGAUCCCAGCUCGUAAUUACCGAUUCCGACUCCGAGGUAGAAAGUUCCGACAAUGAGGAAAAUGAUUCACUAGCUAUAUUGCGGUUCCUGUCCGCGUUCAAGCUAGAAGAUUACUACCCUGUUUUUCAGAAGAACGAGAUUGAUAUGGAGACCCUGAUGAUGUUAACAGAAAACGAUGUCAAAUCGUUAGGCUUGCCGCUCGGACCCUAUCGACGGCUUUGUAAUGCAAUACAAGAUCGCCGUGAGGCAUUGGCUGCACCAGGGAGCAUUAGCGACAGCCGUCUUUAGUGUAUGGUGCGAUCGUCCAUACGUCCGUCAGAAGAAAUGCUUUAAAUGUGUCCCUACCCCCCUAGCAGGCCUGGGUACAGUGUACAAUAGCGACGUUUUAACAACCCUUGUACUGCGUACUAAUGGACAGCAUAAUGUGCUGCUGUUAAUGUAUAUUAUUACGAAUUUUUAUUGAAAAUAUUAUGCAUUAGAUAAAUUUAAAACAAUAUUGCA